AUGACAGAUGGGGCCUCAACUCGCUGCCCCACAGAAGAUGUGUCUCCAGAUUCUCUGAACUUUUCUGUGUCUGCAGCAGCAGCAGCUGCUGCUGCUGCUGCAGCAGACCGUAGCAAGGCCCUGGGCGACAGGCAUGGCGCGGGCGCAAGAGCUGCUGCUGCAGCUGCGGCGGAGGCGAAGGAGGCCAAGGAGGGCUCCAGCAGCAGCAGCAGCAGCAGCAGCAGCAGCCUGUCCCUGCACUCGCUGCAGAAACUAGCAGCAGAACUGGAGCAGCUGCUGCGGGGGGUGCAGCAGGUGCAGCAGCAAAUUCAAGAGGCUCAGAGAAACAUCUCGUGGGCCCUCGGGGGGCCCCCCGACCCUUUGCUGCUGCCCUCGAAGCAGGGCUACUCCCCUUUGUCUGCUGCGGCUGCUGCUGCCACUUUGGCGCUGCCGUCGACAGCAGCAGCGGCGGCGAGCCCCGCAGCAGCAGCAGCAGGGUCCGCAGCAGCAGCAGCAGCAGACUCUCCGCUGCUGAGCGCAAGCGACGUUGCUGCAUGCAUGCUGGCGGGAGAACAGGAGGCCCCUGCUGCUUGUCUUUUGUCUUUAAUGGACAUGUUGUCAAGACAAGUUGGAGACACAAAUGGAGCAGCACAAGCAGCAAAAGUGCUGAAGAAGCUGAACUCGUGGGGCCCCGAGGGGCCCCCGGGGGCCCUCUCUGCAUGCAGCAGCGACAGCAGCAGCCAGCUGCUGGGGGCAGCAGCAGCAGCAGCAGCGGCCGACUGGAGCGGCUCGUUGCCGCUGCUGGACCCUUCCGUGGCCGCGCCGCAGGAGCAGGUGCAGCAGCAGCAGCAGCAGCAGCAAGUGCUGGACUCGGAGUCCUGCGCGCUGCUGCCGCUGCAUGCAGAGGAAGCCCCGCUGCCGCGGAAGAGGUCGAAGCUGUCAGGUUACCCGUCUGCUGCUGCGGGCGCUGGGUGUGCUGCGGCGCAGGGCUCAGCAGCAGCAGCAGCAGCAGCAGCAGCAGCAGCGGGACACGUGAACACCGCGCCAAUGCCCGGAGUCCGCUUCGCCAAAGACCGCAACAGCUGGGUCGCCUUCUGGUGCGAAAAUGGAAGACAGAAUUAUAAGUCCUUCAGCAACAAAAAGUUCGGAGCAGAAGCAGCAAGACUGAUGGCCAUAGCAGCGCGGCAGUCCUUUGACGAGCGCACCCACAGGAACAGCAGCAGCAGCAGCAGCAGCAGCAGCAGCGCGGGCGGCCCCGCGCUCGCCCCGGGGGCCCCCGCCCUCGCCGCCGCGGGGCUCACCGCCGCGGAGGCCUGCCGGCUGAUGGGCCUGAAGCCGCCCAGCAGCAGCAGCAGCAGCAGCAGCAGCAGCAGCGGCGGGGGCCCCGCUCUGUUCGGGGCUGUGGAGGGCGGGGGCCCCCCCUCGUGCGGAUUUGACGAGAACGAGGAGGCGAGCAGCGCGGCCGCGCCCCCCCCCCCGCAGCAGCAGCAGCAGCAGCAGCAGCAGCUGUCGCGCGCGGAGAUGCAGCAACUUGCUGCUGCACUGCGAAACCCCAAAGGCGUCUGCUACGCCCCCAGCAACAACACCUGGAUGGCCUACGGCAGCAUGGGCUCGGGGGCCCGCAUGUGUCGGUCUUUUCCAGUUUCGAAGUUUGGCUUUUACGGGGCGCGGCGGCUGGCCAUCAAGGCUGUCAGCCAGUACCAGCAGAAGCAGCAGCAGCAGCAGCAGCAGCAGCAGGUGCACCUGCAGCAGCAGCACGUCGCCAGCUGCCUCGAGUCCGCAGCGGCGCUCAGAAACGUCCAGCACGCGCUCCACGUCAGCCCCGUCGUCCGCCAGCUCCUCAGCAGCAGCAGCAGCAGCAGCAGCAGCAGCAGCAGCAGCAGCGGCGCGGCGCUGGCCGGCAGCGGCGGCGCAUGCGUCAAGAGGAAACGAGCAGCAAAGGACUUGGGGCUGCCUCUGCUACAAGCCGACAGCAGCAACAGCUCCAAAACAGAGGCAGCAGAAGCUGACGCCCUCCGCGACGCAAAGCUGCUGCCUGCAGCAGCAGCAGCUGCUGCUGCUGCGGGCCCCACUGACGCCGCGGCCUUCUUCGCAGGGCCCCCUGCUGCUGCUGCCGAAGCAGCGGCAGCAGCUGCUGCAGCUGCUGCUGCUGCAGCGGAGAAGAAGGCAGAGGGCGCGGCGAACGGCGCGCAGGCGGGCUGCAGCAAGGAGGCGGAGCAGCAGCAGCAGCAGCAGCAGAAAGCGGUGCUGCUGAGCAGCCAGGGAGUGGAAGCAGAAGAAGCUAAUGGCGUUCUUUCCGUCUCGGGGCUGCAUGCAGAGAAGGGAAGGGGGAGAGAGGGUGUGGGGCGGGAGCUGGGGUGUACAGACACCCCAGCGGUGGACAGCCCGUGA